UAAAUCUUGCAAUCAAAAAUACCAACCAACUUAUAAAAGGAGAAAGGGAGACAGACAGAUUUAGAGGAAGCAGAGAUCGUAUUCAGACAGUCAGCCCACCAUGCAGAUCAUACAACCUGUAUCCCUUUCCAUUCUCAUCUUCAGUGUUCACACUGUGAAUUCUCUGCGAUGCUAUUCCUGUGAAAAUGAGAAGUGUGAGUCUUAUAAGAAGGAGGAAUGUCCUCAGUCCACAGGAGCUACAUGCGCAUCCGCCUUCUUUAAGAUAGGUGACACUGAACGUAAAUUAAAAGGUUGUAUCGCAGAGGAACUGUGUAAAGGACGUCCUCCUUUUGUACCCUCAAAUGUUGACUUUACCAUAAACUGCUGUAAUUCAAAUCUCUGCAACUCCGCCAUUACCACCAAGAUGUCCCUGUUCCUUGCCGGCUUCUUGGCCCUGGUGUCUCUGUGUGUCUCCAGGUUUUGACUGAAUCCUUACCACUCGUCUGAGAAGUACAAGGCCGGCUUAUAUUAUACUCCGCAUCUCCCUUACCGAGGGAAGAUAUAUCUGCCAUUUAUAUCUGUAUUAUCUGCGCCUAUGCAAUAAAGCAAAUUCCAUUUAAUG